UGAUACCUAAAUUUUUAGGAAGUGUCUUUGUCUAUAAUUCAUUUGAUUUUGGCUUUUCCUAAGCUGGUAGGUGUUAUCUUGUUUUACGUGCUGUCAAUUCUAAAUCUAAGUAAUCACUGUAGAAUUUUUUAAAGAGUUGUUAAAAAUGGGAGCAUUAGGUACUCGCCCAACAUUGAUACAAAAAACUUGGCUGAAGAGCUGGUCAUUACAGAAGUAGAAUCCUGGAAAGUGUAUUUAAAUGCCAACCUGCAGAAGCAAGGCCCGAUGAUGGUUUAUGUUAGUGUUUAGAAUACACUGAGCUCUAAAGAGAAGGUCCAUUUAUUUUGGUAGGUAUCUCAAUUGAAAGUUCUUAAAAUCAGCAAGAAUCUUGUAGACUCGGAGUGUUACUUUGACUUGGUGCUAUUCACAUUCCAUCUUCGAAGCUUCUAAUUUCACUGCACUUGACCCAAAUGGUUUAAAUCAACAUGUGUAUUUUGCAACUAAGAGAAUGUGACUAUAAGCUACUAGUCUUGGUAAUAGAGCCUACAGUGGUUUUGGCUGAUCAUCCUCCAAAUUUAAAGAUCUUGAUUUUUUUUCUGGAGAAAAAAUGCUUACAUAAUAUUUUGCAUUAUUUCAUAACAUUUUGGAAUAUUUGUGUCAUCAAUAAACAGUGGUUGGAACUUAAUAUAAGCUCCAUGCUAAAUGUUGGGUGUCCAAAGCAAUAAAGAGGUUUGCCUUCAGAGACCACAUUGUCUGAGGAGGCCGAGGGUGUGGAGCAAAAUAUAACUAGCGAUGCCAAGUCACUGUGAUGGCAAUCAGGAAUUAUUUCCCUGUGAAGUCUGUGGAAGACGCUUUGCAGCAGAUGUUCUGGAAAGGCAUGGACCGAUCUGUAGAAAACUCUUCAACAAAAAGCGUAAACCUUUCGAUUCCUUAAAACAAAGAUUACAGGGCACUGACAUUCCCCUUGUGGGGAAGGCUCUUAAAUCCAAGCCUCAGCCUGUGAGAAAAUCUAACUGGAGACAGCAACACGAAGACUUCAUCAACGCUAUUCGAUCAGCAAAGCUGUGCACACUAGCCGUUAAAGAAGGCCGGCCCCUCCCACCUCCACCGCCGCCCUCCAUCAACCCAGAUUAUAUUCAAUGUCCGUACUGUAUGAGGAGGUUUAAUGAAACCGCAGCCAAUCGACAUAUUAAUUUCUGCAAGGAUCAGACUUCUCGCCGAGUCUUCAAUCCAGCCCAGACCGCAGCCAAAUUGGCAUCCAGAGCACAGGGUAGGGCUCAGAUGAGUCCCAAAAAAGAACCGACAGUAACCAGUGCCGUGGGAGCGCUGCUCCAGAACAGGGCCCUGGAGGCCAGUGUGGUCCCAAGCAGGCCAGGAUUAGCAGUGGACCCUGCUUCUGGAGCAAAACUCAGACAAGGAUUUACUAAAUCUUCUAAAAAAGAUUAACUCCUAGAGUCCAGGCCAGCUCCCUGAAAGUCACCAGGCUGGAUGGCUGUGUACCCAGGAAUGCCACUUAAGGGCAAGAAACGGGAGGUGUCUGUUUACAUGCCCAUGAUUCUUCUAGAGACAUCAUGUAGAACAAGUAAAAACUGGCUUCAAGUUUUCUUAUCUACUGUAUUCAGAAUUCAAAAAAAAUCCUUGAGCAACACAUCAAACUGUAACAAUAGUGCUUGAUUUAAAGAUUCAUUUGAAGCUUUCUAAAAAGUGGACAUUUAAUGGGCUUUUUAAGAAAACGUUCUUGUGAUAUUAGAACCAUUAGUGAAACAGUCUUUGGAAUACUAGAAUUCUUACUUACUAGGAAAAUCAUUUUUUACUUAGCUUUAUUCUACAUAAGAGCUGUGAAAUCUCAGCUUUGAUAUUUGCUUCUAAUAAACAUUAGACUGUAGUUGGUAACUCCUCCUAUUUUAAAUGGCCAUCUGUGUACCGUGGAGAAUUGUCUCACAUACACCAGUGCAGAGUUGGCUUUGGGGGAGACAUUGCAGUGGAGAGGGAACAGGUUAUCGUAACCUUCCCACCCUGUGGAAAGGAUGCUUUUAGAGGCCUCAGGCCAUUUAUUUAUCAUGGCUAAAUCAGCAGUCCACUAAUGGUUCAUUUCACCACUGGUUUAUGUACCUCUGUUGGGAUGUGGUGUCUCAACCAUUUUUUUUCUAUUGGUUAUCUUAUAAACUCUUUUUGUAGAGUCAUUAAGACAGCUUUUUAAUCUAAUAAUUUCUUUUUUUUGUAUUAAACUCAAGGAAUUUUAUUUAGGAGUAAGUCUUUUUUUUUCUUUUUUCCUGUUUAAAUUUAAGUACCUACUACGUGAAGUACAGCAAACAUGGUAUCUGAAAGUCUUAUGAUCUGUGUUUGGGGGACCAAAUGCUAUGUUUUAUGCUCAGAUAAAUCAGGUAUGUGCUCUGGAACUGACUGAAGACUCCUAAGCCAUGUAAGAGUAUUUGUGGAAGUAUUUCUAUAAAUGGAAUUUGGGAGGCUUUAGCUGAGGUGGGCCACUGCUCUGCCGCUCUCCUCAUGCCCUGGGAGGUUGCCUUCCCUUGGAGAGGUAAGAGCGGAUAUGGGGACUGUCUCAGACAUCCCAGCACAGUGGAUUCCUGCUGACAAGGCAACUUAUGUCCCUCUGUCUCAUUUCUCCACGCCCCCUCAAGUGGAACUGUUAGUUUAAGGAUCCACCAUGUCAGUUCCAUACCUGCGACAACCCAGCCCCGCCCCGGGUGGCUUGUCUGCAGUGCCCUCCACCCUUUAUGGUCAUCAGCAUCUCUGUUAAGGGCUUUCAACCACAGUUUCUUGUAUUUGGCUAACAUGCUGCUUUAAUGGGCAAACAAACUCAAGGCUUCUCUUUCUCUAGCCACUCUAGAGGUUAAAAAAAAAAGCAAAAACAAACAGUAUUAUGGGGCAUAUUUUCUGAAGAAAUCCCAAUACUAAUUUCUAUUUGAACUAGAAAUUAAUGGUAAACACCACUGUGAAACUGAAUCAUGGUAGCCUAUGUAGACUAGACUCCAGUAGCUAGUAUUCUGACCUGUACAUCCAAAAUAAAUGGUGUGUCACUCUGGAAAGAUUCAUAAUUUAGAAGUAAGUUCUUAGCACCAUGAAUUUAAUGGAAGCAUGUAAGCGUCUACCUUAAAUCAUUAUGAUUUUACUCAGAAAAAAGGUAAGUUUCUAAGAGAUACUGAAUAAAGGUCAGAAUAGCAGUUUCUGUAGGGGAUGUAAUGACCAGGAGGGGGCAGGAGGACGCCAGCCAAGGAGGUGGAAAUGUUUUACAUCUCAGUGUGGACAGUUCCACGGCGUGGCUGUACAUAAAAACCAGUCAAGCCAUAUGCAGAAUUUGUAGAGUUUAUUAUAUGUAAGAUAUAUCUUCAUAUAGAAAGCCUCUAAACACAAAAGACAA